CAUAAAUAUUGACUUUGACCUCCAAACGGUUGAAAAGAUGAAGAAAAAAAACUCAACCAGACGAUUGGGCCAUAAAUCAGCCGGUAGCACUCAAAGUGGCUCUAAAAUCCUGAAAGUCAAUAAUAAAAAAACAAGUGAAAUCAUGCAAGCUCGCGAAAAACGUUUAAAACUCGCGGAAAAAAAGAAGGCCGACUUUAUCGCUCGCGAAAAACGUCGCGAACUAGCUAAGGAAAAACAAAGACAAUUUAGAGCUCGCGAAUCAGAAAAAAAUCGAUCCAAGGACAACACAUCGAAGGAUAUCAUCCCUGAGCCCAUGAUGGAAUUGGAUUCAUCGAUCGAGAUCAUUCCCAGCACUCCAUCGGUAAUUAAUUUAAUCCUGGAACGCGAGGGUGAAGAUGCUCAGCAUGGAUCAUUGAAUUUCGCGGCCUCAACCCCUACAAGUAAGUACUUAAUCAAUCAAUCAUACGAAUUUUUAGAUUAGAUUGACUUAAGCUAAUCUUGUAUUGUUUUUUUGUUUCAGAACCGCGAAAAUCUAUCGAGGAAAUCGAGGCCGUUCUAGUCGCGUUGGGCGCGAAUCUAGAACAAAGGAAUCGCGAGGACGAUUACGAAGGGCGGUGGGCUCCAACGCAGCGCCAAAAAGAGCUCGAUCAAAUUGCAAUGCAAUUGGAUCAAAGCGGGGAUGAUGAUGAUGAAGGAUUGGCCAUCCAGAGUCUUGAUUUCACCCCGUUAUCACCCAGUAAC